CAAUAUCGUGUGAGAGGGGCGUAUUUAAGCAUCUGCUAGUGUUUCACAUAACCCACGUGCAUGAGCUUCAGCAUAGAUUGCUUGCUGGUGAACUGUGUUUAGUGUCUUUUUUUGUAUUUUAUUAGGGCAGUUCAAAAUGGUCCUCCGUGUAGAAAAAGGACCCGACAAUGUGCCAUUUGUGCAAUUGGGGGAAUGCCAAUUGCGACUUGACUUAGAAGAUUUAAACGAGACAUUUAAAGAACGUGCCAAAAAUGAGCUUCGAGAGACUCCGGAAGUUGUCGAAAAUGCUUUACGCGAAUUCAGAGAAUAUAUUUCAAAGGAACCUGGCUUACAUUUACCCCUAGACGAUGUCAACUUUUUACUAAAGUUCUUGAGACCUUUUAAAUUUUAUCCGGAUAGCGCAUUUCGUGUGUUGAAGAAAUUUUAUAAAUUCAAACUUAAGCAUCCGAAAUAUGGCGUAAAUGUGACGCCAAACAGUGUAAGACAUGUUUUUGAUAAUGAAGUAUUUGUUUUCCUACCAACAAGAACUCCGUCAGGAUCAAGGAUAAUGAUCGUUAAUGCAGGAACUAAAUGGAAUCCAAAAGAUGUAUCUGUAGCCGAUAUGUUCAGAGCUGUGAUGGUGGCCAUAGAAAUUGCUAUGUUGGAACCAAAAACACAAGUAGCUGGUGUUCAUGUUAUAUUAAAUAUGGAAGGAUUUUCCUUAAAUCAUGUGUAUCAGUUUUCGCCAACUGUAGCAAAGCUUAUGGUAGAUUGGGUACAGGAAUGUGCUCCAGUCAGACUGAAAGGAAUUCAUAUUAUAAAUCAGUCGAUAUUCUUCAAUAUGGUCUACGCUAUUUUCAAACCUUUUAUUGGAGAAAAACUGAAAAAAAGAUUGUUUUUUCAUGGUUCUAAUAAAGAAAUUCUCUGCAAACAUAUAUCUGCCGAUGCCUUGCCAAAAAAUCUUGGAGGUAGUGGAGUUGUACCAGAAUAUCCAGGAAAAUUGCUUUCAGAAAUGUUAUUUUUUUACGAAGAACUUUUUGAGAGAUUCAACAGCUAUCGGUAUAUAAAAGAAAACUAACUAGUUGAUUGGUUUAUAUCUAUGUAUUUUUCAAAUUGAAUUGAAAUGAUUUUGUUAUUUAAAUAUUAUAUAAUAAAAUUAUAAAAACGA